AUGGUGUCCCAUCCUCCAACGCGCCCUGUGCGUAUUAUGAACAUUUCUGGCUCACCUUGUGACAAACGCGAUGCCCUUUCCAAUGCGGUCAACAUGUCGGAGUCGGUCGACGUGCUCGUCGGGGACUGGAUGAGCGAGCUGAACAUGCCAACUCGAGCCUACAACGUGGCAAACGGACUCGGGAUUGGCUAUGAAGACAGCUUUUUAGAAGCCUUGGAGCCGGCCCUUGAAGGAAUUGCUAAGAAAGGACUUAAGCUUGCAUGCAACGCUGGAGUUGUAGCAACAAAAGAGCUAUAUAAUGUGGUCAUCAAGAUGGUGGAAGAGAAGGGACUGGGCUUGAACGUGGCGUGGAUUGAAGGCGAUUCCGUUCUGAGCCAAGUUAAGGAGGACUUGAAGCAAGAUCCUUCCAGCUACCGACAUGUUUCAACCGGAAAGACGCUCGCAGAAUGGGAGUUCGAGCCCCUGUUCGGGCAGUGCUAUCUCGGCGGGAUGGCCAUUGCCAGAGCUUUCAGCGAAGGUGCGUCAAUCGUCAUCUGUGGCCGCGUGGCAGAUGCUUCGCCAAUCAUUGGAGCUGCCGCGUGGUGGCAUGGAUGGUCGAGGUCGAAUUAUGACCAACUCGCGCAGUCAUUAAUUGCCGGCCACUUGAUUGAAUGCUCAGUCUAUGUGACUGGCGGAAACUUCACUGGGUGGAAAAGCCUAGACUGGAAUGGAAUCAACAACUUUGGAUACCCCAUUGCAGAAAUCGAUAGCGAAGGAGGCGUCGUCAUCACGAAGCCCGAGGGAACGGGUGGCUUGGUGAGCGUGGAAACCUGCAAGGAACAGCUUCUGUACGAGAUCCAGGGAAUGUAUUACCUCAACUGCGAUGUCACAGCUGUCAUCGACCAGGCUAGCCUCACGCAGCUGGGACCAAACCGAGUCCGACUCUCCGGCAUUACCGGACGGCCACCGCCGGCAACGACGAAAAUGGGGCUUACGGCCUUUGGAGGGUACCAAGCCGAAGUCCAUUGGGCGAUGGUCGGGCUAGAUAUUGACGAGAAGGUCAAGCUACUAGAAACGCAGCUGCGCCACAGCUUUGGCACAGCCAGACUCUCCAAGUUCAGUCUCUGGGAUGUGUCAGUGUACGGCACGGCAUCAGAGAAUCCUCGAAAUCAGAACGCAGCAACAGUGGAUAUGCGACUGUUCGCUCAGGCAAAGGAAGCAGAAGCAUUGUCGGAAGCCAACUUCAUACGCCCGGCGCUCGAUAUGAACAUGCACACAUAUCCAGCCGCUACAUUUCACGCUGACCUCCGAACGGCGGUGCCAAAGCCAUAUACCGAGUACUUCCCAACCUUGAUUCCACAACCGACGCAAAUCAUCCACUUCUCGAAACCAGGCCACGACGACGUGAUUGUACCUCCGGCAGCCGAGACCAUCGAGCACCCAUGGACGCAACCGUCGUACGAGACAACAAAUGCAGUGGACCUAGGAGAGUUCGGACCAACGACUCGUGCCCCUCUGGGGCGGGUUGUAUACGCGAGGGCGGGCGACAAAGGCUCGAACUGCAAUGUCGGAUUCUUCGCUCGCGACGCGUCGGAAUGGCCGUGGCUGCGAAGCCUGCUGAGCUCGGAGAAAUUCAAGGAACUCAUGGGCGAGGACUACAAGGGCCAGAAAAUCGAUCGAAUGGAGUUUCCCAAUCUCUGGGCGGUUCAUUUCUUGCUGCAUGAUCACCUUGAUCGGGGAGUGACUGCCAAUGCAACAUAUGAUAUCCUGGGGAAGUUCAUUGCGGAGUACUUACGUAGCAAGCAUAUCGACAUUCCGACUGCUUUUCUGGAGAAGGGAACCCUAUAG